AUGACCCAGGAAAAAGUCAAUGGAAUAGGAUGGCAUAUGGUUAAACAAGUUACUUAUAGUGCCGAUACUAUUUCAAGACUUACUAAUAUUGAAAUUCAGUGUAUUAUAGAUCAAGUAACUUCGGCACAAGUUGGUAUGACAGAAUUAAAAGCCGUGAACACUGUUCACGAUCAGGAGUCGAAAUCAACAGAGAUAAGUGCCUCAGAUAUUGAAGCCUCACCUAAUAAUACGACUCGAAUCUCCAGCCACGAAGUGACUACCUCCAGCAAUUACUCUAGUGUUGAUAAAAUAAGUGGAAAAGUCUUGUGCAAUGAGGAUGCUAUUACAUCUAAAUCUUUACCGGAG